GCGUUGCCAUGGAGGCGGGCGGCGGCGCGGCCGAGGACGAGUGGCUGCUCGAGUCCCUGCGCCUGUACGAGGCGCUCCACACCUUCGAGCUCCAGACGCCCACCCGCGUUAUUGAGUGGGCCCGAGGGAGCCGUGUCUGCGUGGCUGGGUAUGGACACUCCGGUGGGAACGAGAUCCUGCAGUUGCUCCCACCCCCAACGCUGCAGUCAAAGGAGACUCAGGGUCUGUGUCCAGAGAGAGAUUUCAAGGUGGAAUGUGGUGGAUUUUCAAACCGCCCAGUGUACAGCCUGAAACAUGUUCCAGACACCAGCUUGUUGGUGACGAGUGGCCCACCAGACAGCUCCCUCCAGGUCUGGCAGGUGUCAGCAGAGGACUCUGAUGUUAUUAAAUCUGUAAGUGCCAUUCCUACAGAAAAUGGCACUGGGCAACCUUGGGCAAAAAUUGCAACAACUUCUGCCAGAGCCCCGUGGGUCCUUCAUGGCUCAGGACUCAACAGCAUCCAAAUUACGGAAGUUGAAUCAAAGAAAAAUGUCUACAUGGCAGCCUCCAGAAACAGUGAGGAGCUCAGCAAUGUGGCAUUCCUGGAUUGCAACACGUUGCUCAUCUGCUGUGUGAAGGGGCAGCUGUGCCUGGCUGACAUUCGACAGCCGCAGAGUCCCUUGGAGGCUGCGUCCGUCCCCUCGGCGCCGUGUGGCGAACGGUGGUGCAUGGGAGUCGGGCGCGGACCUCAAGGCUAUGACUCAAGCUCCCACCUGGUAGCUCGCCUCUCGAGUGGAGGGCAUCUUGCCUUAACAGAUGUAAGAAAAACCUCUGAGUCCUUGGCUUCAGCCAAGUGCAGAGUUUCCUCUCCCAGUUCAAAUGCAGAGUUCCUAUGCAUCUCUUGGGCUCCUGCUCUGGAAGGCUGCCUUGCCAUUUCAGGUUUUGACGGGACUGUUCACGUGUAUGAGACCCAGAGCUGGGAUAGCUCUGGCAGGGAAGCAGAGCCGCUCUUUGUUCACAAAGGCCACGCAUUCAGCGGACUGGAUGGCAGCGAAGGCCCUCCCCUGGUCACAGCGCACACAUGGCACCCACAGAAACCAAGAACUUUAUUGUCGGCAGCAAGCGAUGGCUCUCUGCACGUUUGGGACUGGGUUCAGUCUCGUGGGAACUGUGGGUAGAUCAUAUUUUGGUGAGAUUCGGUGCAUUUCCUUUCUAUGGUCUAGUUUGCAUAAGCCGUGAGAUACCUCUUUACUCGCAGAUGUAACUAGCAGUCCCAAGUGUAACAGAUGCUAUUUUAAUAUAGUAAGAAUUUGGAUUGUGUUACUUGUUCUCAUGUUUACCAGCCUUGUUCAAAUUAUAGCUGCAACUGUGUAA